GAGAGAAACUCAAUAGUUUCCAAUUCACCGCCUCUCUCAAGCUCCUCUCCCCACCGUCACACUCAGCUCCUCUCCACCGUGACGGACAGGAUUCAAUGAAUCAACUUGCCACCGUCACGAAUCACGAAAGAAAUCGCUCAAUCUCUCACCGCUUGUGAAGAAAUCAGACGAAUUUAAUUUUGGUUUUUGGCAACAGCUUUGGGUGUUUGUAGUUCCAAAAGUUCAUCUUGUUUCUUGGACAAGGUCAAGGAUGAUUGAGUUGGUAUCAAAAGGUUUGGCUACAUUAGAGGGACUAUACAAAUCCUAUGCUUCCUGUCAAUCAUAGUGCUAUUGAGGGGGCAGCACAGCCAGUUAUUGGUCCCGAUGGAAAGAGGAGAGAAACGGAGAGCAAUGUACUUUUGGCUUCCAUUGAAAAUAUGCAGUAUGCUGUUACUGUUGAGGUCAUCAACACGGUUUUUUCUGCAUUUGGUACUGUCCAGAAAAUUGCCAUGUUCGAAAAGAAUGGUCAAACUCAGGCACUAAUUCAGUACCCAGAUGUUACGACGGCAGCAGCUGCUAGAGAAGCUUUAGAGGGGCAUUGCAUAUAUGAUGGUAGCUAUUGUAAGUUUCAUCUAUCAUACUCUCGUCAUACUGAUCUCAAUGUAAAGGCUUUCAGUGACAAAAGUAGAGACUAUACAGUACCACAAGUUCCUGUAACAUCUUGGCAAAAUCCUCAGGCUGCACCUAUGUACCCAACCAGUUCCCCUGGUUUUCAGACUCAAGUUCCUGGAGGACAAGGGCCAUCAUGGGAUCUAACUCAGCAUGCAGUUAGACCGGGUUAUGUACCUGUUCCCGGUGCUUAUCCUGUUCAAAAUGGUGCAUAUCCUACUAUGCCCGCCUACGCGUCCGCAGCUAUGCCUACCGCUUCCUGGCCUCUUGCUCAAAGAUCCCAUCCCGGGGUUCCACCCAAUGUAAAUUUACAGCCUAGUGGUGGUUCAACUUCCGGUCCUGGUUCCUCGCCUCACAUGCAAACCAGCUUUGGUGCUCAAGGAUUGGUUCGGCCUGGGGUGCAGCCAAAUGCGAGACCUGGUGGUGAUUCACCUUCAGGUCAGCAUUAUUAUGGUUAGAAAGUUAUAGUUUUACUUUUAAGCGUCAAUUCAAUCAAAAAGCAGAACAGCUUCAAUGAUGGAAGAGUGAUAAUAUUACUAAGCUGCUGUUUAGUUGGAAAGUACAUCAUCAUGACAUCAUCGAUAUUUAUUAGUUAUUUUAAUAAUGAAAUUUAAUUUGCAA